AUGGAAUUCAACUCUGGAGAGACUGAACCACAAAUUAAUUUCUACCUCAGUUACCUUGAAAAACAAGUACGGUUGGAGCAGAAGGACAGCGAGGCAACACUCACCCAGUGUGAAUCUGAGGGGAGAGUUCACCUGAUCAUCAGAGAGGACCUGCUGGCCGAUCUCCUCGAUCAGCUCCAAAAACACAGAGAGGGCAGCAGUUGGGGCCAUGACACAGAGCUGAUGCAGAAGGAGAUGUGUGAUCUGGACCGGCAGACCUUUGGUACUCAAGACCUGAAGGUGGAAAUGGAGGAGAUGAAGGGAAAGAAGGAGGCCCUGAAAAAGGAAGUGGACACUCAGAAGAUGAAGGUUUGUAAGGAGAGACAGAAGCUUGAGGUAAAGAGGACCAACGUGGAGUUAGAGUUGGAGAGCUUUCUGGAUAUGGAGAGGGCUCAAGCUCAGGAGCUGCAGGAUAAACUGAGCAAGAUAGGGGAAGCUCUCCGAAAACAGGAGGAGGAGGCAAAGGAGAAACUGGAAAGAUCUCAGGCUUCCCAUAGAGCCCAGCUGGAUGAGGCUCUGGCUCAACGUGUCCCCUCCCCACCCAGGGAAACACAGCAUCUGAAAUCCCAGAUGGGAAAAAUCAGCAACAGGCUGCGAAAAGCCCUGAAAGAUCUGGACCUUCAGUUCUUCAUUUCCGAAGACCUGAAGAUUGAACUGGAGGAGGUGAAGGGAGAGAAGGAGGCCCUGAAAAAGGAAAUGGAGAAUCAGAAGAUGGACCUUUGUAAGGAGAGACAGAUGCUCAAGGUAAGUCAGACCAACGUGGAGUUAGAGUUGGAGAGCUGUCUGGAGAUGGAGAGGGCUCAAGCUCACGAGCUAAAGGAUAAACUGAGCAUGAUGGAGGAAGCUCUCAUAGAACAAGAGGAGGGAAAGACAAUACUGGAAAGAUCCCAGGCUUCCCACAGAGCCCAGCUGUAG